AUGCCCGUCAUUAUGGACUCUCCUGCUGCAAUCGAAAAUGAGGUAGCAACGACGAUACAAGCCUCCAUGAUACUCGAAUGCUGUCUUUUGGCAGCCACCGCUGUGGUCGUUUAUGACCAGGUGCUCAUAAUACCCGACAUGUUCCAUGUGCUCAAGAGACGCGGGUUCUCCGGGGUCUCGUGGAUACUCUCACUCAAUCAAAUUACACUACUUGUGAAAACCAUUUGCAGUAUUCCUGUCAAUGAUGCCAUUCUGCGUGCUAUUGGUAAUUGCGAUCAGGCUAUGGGAUUAUCAUUCUUGGUGAUCGGGGUUACAUUGACUACUGCGUUCAAUUCACUACGACUGUUUGCAAUCAGCCUGCACAAUAAGUCGCUCACGGCAGCAACCUUUCUACUAGGGAUUGUUCCGGCAAUUACAAACAUUUAUCUGUAUUUCAUGUCGUCCGAAACAUCAUCGACUUUCCAUGACACAGUGAUCUGUUCAUUGCAUACACGUUUGUCAGAAGAUACAUUGAUUAAGUAUGUAAGAUAUGAAUUGCUUAUGUACAUCACUGACAUAGGAGCAGUAGAGAUCAUUACAAGAGUAUCAGCUGUACUGUCUGACAUUCUAGCUAUAGGAGGUACCUGGUAUUACAACAUCUCUGUCUACAAGAUGGCAUACAAUGCAAAUAUCAAGCAUUCAUUGGCUUAUAUCAUUCUGAGAGAUGCCAACAUAUCGGCAUACACAAAUCCAAAUGAAGUCACACAGAUAUCACAGACCAUAUCAUUGGCCAUUGAGCCAUUCGUACUAGUGCUUCCAAUGCUUCUCACCACACAUUUCAUGCUUAACCUGCAGCAUGCUUCGGCUGCAACUAGCGAUGAUACGGCCAUUCAAGAUAUUUCAUUUGAUCAAUCAAUCAGGCGGACAAUCAGUCUCCGGUUUGCAUCUAGGAUCUCAGAUGCUAUGGGUGGACCAUUGGAGUAUAUGUCGGUUUCUGGGGAAACUUUGGAAGAUGAAUAUGAUGACUUGUCUGAUGCAGGGGAAGAAGAUCAACCGUUAUCUACGGGUUAUGUCGCUGUUGCAAAGGAUGACACCGAUGAGACGGAGGAGGGGCUUCUCGAAUCAAACAUAUAG